AUCUAGAAAGAUGACUCCUGCUUUUUACAAUAUGUUUAGAAAUACAGGUGUUCAUACAAAGGAAGAAAUAAAGCCUCACCCAAUCUUAGCUAAGUUAUACAGAGGAGCUGCAAGAGAAGAAUUGAUUUUUGAUGUUGGAGUUAUACCUAUGUUGACACCUCCUCUGCCUUGGACCUCGUUACGCAGUGGGGGAUAUUUACUCUCUCCGACAUCUUUUAUCAGAUUGCCAGACAUGGCCCUACAACAACGUUUUCUGCUGGAGAAAACACCUGUUCAAGAACUCUACCCUAGUUUUGAUUCUCUCAACAUGCUAGCACUAUGCCCAUGGAUUAUCAAUAAACCUGUAUUGGAUUUAAUUAUUGAAGUUUUUCGAAAUAAAGGUAACGUAGAACUGGGUAUCCCUAGACCUCCUUCCGAGUGUGAACCUAUGCCAAAACUUAUACCAGGCCUCAGUAAGACUGAGAAAGCUAGAAUCAAUAGAGAACGGAUAGCUAUCAAAAGAAGACGAGGAGAAAUGUAUAGCUUGUGGUGUGAUGCUCUUUAUAAACUCUCUAUUGCUAAACAUUUUGAAAACAAAGUUUUUUGGUUUCCCCACAACAUGGACUUCAGAGGACGGGUGUAUCCCUGUCCUCCUCACUUCAACCAUUUAGGUAAACUUCACAUGGGAUCUAACUUAAAGUUCAUAGUUACAAGCAAACUAUAUUAUGAUGUUAUCAACUUAACUGGCUUUAAAAAAAGGGACCCUAUACAUGAGAGACUAAGAUAUGCAGAUGAAGUACUGCCAGAGAUUCUUGACUCUGCUGACCACCCUUUCACUGGUCGUCAGUGGUGGAUGAAAUCUGAUGAACCCUGGCAAACUCUUUCAUGUUGUAUGGAGUUGGCGCAAGCUCUUCGUUCUCCUGAUCCAAGCAAGUAUGUUUGUCACCUCCCAAUCCAUCAGGAUGGAUCCUGCAAUGGAUUGCAGCACUAUGCUGCCCUUGGACGUGACCAACAGGGGGCAGAACAAGUUAAUCUACAGCCAUGUAAUGUACCUCAGGAUGUUUAUAGUGGUGUUGCUGCUCUGGUUGAACGAGAGAGAGCUAAGGAUGCUGCCAAUGGAGUCCACAUUGCUCAAGUCCUGGAGGGAUUUGUUAAAAGAAAGGUUGUUAAACAGACAGUCAUGACUGUAGUGUAUGGAGUCACCCGUUAUGGAGCUCGUUUACAAAUUCUAAAACAACUGCGUGACAUAACGAAUUUUCCUCAAGACCACUGUUGGCAAGCAGCAUCUUAUCUAGUCAAUAAAACCUUCCUAAGCUUGCAAGAAAUGUUUACAGCAACCCGUCAAAUUCAGGACUGGUUUACUGAAAGUGCCAGAUUAAUAUCCCAAGUCCGUGGUCAACCAGUUGAGUGGGUUACUCCACUCGGGCUACCCAUCGUUCAGCCAUAUCACAAGCUGACGGUGUCUAAAAGUCCCAUUACAACUAAAACGAAGAAUCCCAUAAUAACAAGUCGAUGGGACAUGUAUGAGCGUCCAAAUAUCUUGAAACAGAAGAAUGCUUUUCCACCAAACUUUAUUCAUUCCCUUGAUUCUUGUCACAUGAUGCUUACCUCUUUAUUCUGCCAAAGGUAA